AUGUUCCGCAUAGAACUUAACUUUAUCCUCAGUCAUCUGCGGACAAAGUUGGAACAUAGAGACACUGAUGAUCGAGAUAUUGCAGAACUUGCUCUUAAAACGUGCAUAGGCCAUACGAUCACUUACCGAAAGGGUGUGGACUGUGAUCGCCUUGCAACGUCCUUAAGUGUUCUAACGUUCCACGCUGAUACGGCUAAUAUCUCAUCGCGCGUGCAGAGAUAUUGCAUCCCCCUGUUCCCCCUGAUAUUGCAUGAACCACCACGCUGGGGGUGUCAUGCGAGUCGGGAGACGCGGACGCCGUAUCAAAGAUAUUUGACCCCUUCACCGCAGAGUCACUUGGAGAUAGAAGUGCAGGAAUUUCGAAAAUGUCGUAUUUGUAAAACGAAAGUUCAUCAGAUUGGAUCUCAUUAUUGUCAGCAGUGCGCAUAUCAGAAAGCAAUUUGUGCGAUGUGUGGCAAAAAGAUGGGUGACACGAAAAAAUUGAAGAUGUCAUCAGUAUAA